GUAACCGCUGACAGCGAACGGCUGAAGGGUCGGACAUACACACUUGUGAGGAUCCCGAGAGUUAUGUGAACGGAGCAUAUUGACAUAAAUAUGGAGCUGUAUUAUCAUCAUGUUGCCGCUGAAGGCAAACUGCCAUAUGUAGCAAAAUCGUAUAUAAGAUGACAGUUCUUGGACGUAAACACGCAUCAACAAAUUGAUUAAAUCAGUAUCCAAGAAACCUCAUAAGCUAUAAGUCAAAAUGGUCAAAGUCGUAAUUGCAUCGGCUUCAAGCGCGCUGGCAAGAGAGGUCAUCGAUGCGCUGGUGGCUACUAAAAAGCAUGAUAUAAUUGCGCUGGUCCGAAAGGAUCCUGCCCAAUUCCCUCCCCUUCCCGGCGUCGAAUGGGUGAAGACAGCUUACGACGACAAGUCGGAAUUGGUCCGCCUAUUUAAGGGAGUGGAAUCUGUCAUUUGCUUCUUAGGUGUCCACCUAGACAAAGAUAAUGCUACUCAGAAACUGCUUAUCGAUGCUUCUAUUGAGGCUGGUGUUAGGCGGUACGCUCCGUCGGAAUGGGCAACGGGUGUCAAAUUAGAGUCUUCACUCGAUGCCCUUUCGUGGUACACCGGCAAGAUCGAGAUCAGUCGUUAUUUGGAGAAGCUCAACAAGGAGAAGAAGGUCAUUGAGUACACUCGAUUCCAAGUUGGUACGUUUACGAACUACCUCGGCCAUCCACAUAAAACAACAAAUCAUGUUCACACGGUUCCAUUCCUAUACGACUUUGAGAGUCAGCACGCUGUGGCGAUCGAAGGAUCGCUUGACGAUGCCAUAGUAUGGACCACAGUCCAAGACAUCGCGGGCGUAGUUGCUCGAGCCGUAGAGUAUAAGGGUGAAUGGCCAGCCAUCGGCGGCAUUAGUGGAACCAGGGCUACUAUCGGCGAGUUACUACAACUAGCUGAGGUUAUUGGGAGACCGUUGAAGGUAGAUUGGGUCAAGAAAGAAGAUCUCGAAGCUGAAAUAAGAAACGUCGGCGACAUUUUUCUUCCGGACCUUCGCACCGCCACGCCGGAACAGGUUGGUGCAUUCUUGCAAGCCGUGCCCACAAGAGUCUUGACUGCCAUCACCCGUGGUGCUUAUGAUGUUACGGAUGAAUGGAACAAGUUGUUACCGGACUAUAAGUUUACUCAACUCGAGGAUUUCCUCAAGAGUGUAUGGGGUGGGAAAUAAGGACCAACCUGGAUUAAGCAAAUGUCUCUCGUGAAGGGUACGACAUGCUUAUAUCAUGGUUGGGAUUUGGCGAAUCACAACAUCUCUUAAAGUUAUUUUCGAAAGUAUUAGAUAAAUUGACUAUUGUUGGAC